AUGAUCUCGCUACUGCUCGCGCCUAUCGUCGAGGUCUACAGGUUCGCCCUCACCCCCAUCGCGCCAUUCACUUGGUUCGGCCUGUCAUUCAGCACCCUCGACGUCGCUGCCGCGGUACGCCUCUGCGUCGCGCUGCGCCAGCUGCGAGAGAAGCACUACCAGGAUCAUGUCCAGAAGGUCUCAGACGCGGACAAGAACUCACACCCGCAGAUCGAGCGCAGGUCUUGGUUGCGCGAUGUCUCCGCGACCCUGAUGGUCGUGUAUGGUGGUGAGGCAGUGACAGCUCCUGCGCUGGGCAUCCCGCCCUCGUUCAUGAUCUCCGGCGCGGUCCCCGCAUUCUACGCCGUAAUUCAGGCCCUAGUGGACAGCAUACCCAGCAUCCUGUAUCCGACGCUCUACACUGAGCUCCCGGUAUCGAUUCUUGACGGCUUCUCGCGUGCAUUUCUCCUCUGCACGUUCAUCCCGCCGAUGGUGCUCCAGCACUCAUGGAAGUCGGUCUCCACAUCACCCUGGAGCCUCCUCCUCACCUCUCUGGCGACCGCGAACGGCGGCUUCUUCUUCAUCAACCUCUUCUCCUUCCUGCACCCGUACGCACUGACGCUCACGACCCCCGCGGAGCUGCUCCCAUACGGGUGGACAACGGCGGACCUCUGGUGCGCGCCGCUCAUCACGGGCCUCUACGCGCUCCUCACGCACGCGCAACCCUUCUGGGCGAACGUGCAUGCCGCCGCCGCCGGCGCGCUCGGCGCCCCCGGCCCGAGCGCCGACCCCGUCGACCCAGAGGUGGCGCGCGCGCUCUGCGCCGCGGUCCUUGCGACGGUGUUCGCGGCGCGCACAUAUCGGACAUAUGGUGUGCCGCCGGCGAAGGUCGGUGUGAAGCUGACGGGGGAGAAGACGAAGGUGCAAUAG